CAGCGCCGGCACUUCCUGCGGCGGCGGCCGGAGCAGGGCAGCGGCGGCCCCCGGGAGGAUCCCGGCAACCAGCCUCUGGGCCAGGUUUGUUUUCUGUUUACAAGCCUGAAGAUGGCUGCUGCUGCUGCUUCUUCCUGCACUGGGGAAGAAGAUGAGAGCCUGAAGGGAUGCGAGCUCUAUGUUCAGAAACAUAACAUCCAGCAGAUCCUGAAAGAGUGUAUCGUAAACCUCUGCAUUGCAAAACCCGACCGGCCCAUGAAGUUCCUGCGAGAACACUUUGAAAAAUUAGAAAAGGAAGAAUGCAAACAAAUACUGGCUCGGCAGAAGUCCAAUUCCCAGUCUGAUUCUCAUGAUGAUGAGAUUUCUCCACCUCCUCCAAACCCAGUGGUAAAAGCUCGCCGUAGAAGGGGUGGUGUCAGCGCUGAGGUGUACACUGAGGAAGAUGCUGUUUCUUAUGUUAGAAAGGUUAUUCCAAAGGACUAUAAAACAAUGACUGCUUUGGCCAAGGCCAUCUCCAAGAACGUACUCUUUGCUCAUCUUGAUGACAAUGAAAGAAGUGAUAUAUUUGAUGCCAUGUUCCCAGUUACACACAUCGCUGGAGAAACCGUCAUUCAGCAAGGUGACGAAGGAGACAACUUCUAUGUCAUUGAUCAAGGAGAAGUGGAUGUUUAUGUAAAUGGAGAAUGGGUUACCAGCAUUGGAGAAGGAGGUAGCUUUGGGGAGCUUGCGUUGAUCUAUGGAACACCAAGAGCUGCUACCGUCAAGGCCAAGACAGAUCUCAAACUGUGGGGCAUCGACAGGGACAGCUACAGACGCAUUUUAAUGGGUAGCACACUGAGAAAACGGAAGAUGUAUGAAGAAUUCCUGAGCAAGGUCUCCAUUUUGGAAUCACUGGACAAAUGGGAACGACUGACAGUAGCGGAUGCAUUAGAACCUGUCCAGUUUGAAGAUGGAGAAAAAAUCGUGGUGCAGGGGGAGCCAGGUGAUGACUUUUUCAUCAUUACAGAGGGCACAGCUUCUGUUCUUCAGCGCAGGUCGGAUAAUGAGGAAUACGUAGAAGUUGGACGACUUGGCCCAUCAGAUUAUUUUGGGGAGAUAGCGCUACUGCUCAAUCGGCCCCGGGCGGCAACGGUGGUGGCACGUGGGCCGCUGAAGUGCGUAAAGCUGGAUCGUCCUCGCUUUGAACGCGUGCUUGGUCCUUGUUCCGAAAUCCUCAAGAGAAACAUCCAGAGAUACAACAGUUUCAUUUCUCUUACUGUCUAAAUGAUUCCACUGGAAACAUGCCUUUGUGCUACCUUGUGCACUUAAAUUUGAUCUGUGCAGCUCCAUAGCUUUAUGAUGAUGAAACAACAAGCGUGCAUUUUAUGUGUAUUUUUCUGUUUAUGUCCGAGGCACUGGAUACAAAUCCAUAUGUUCUGUAUCAUUAAAGUAGGGAGACAACUGUUAGAAUGAGACUAGCGUUGAGGAACCUUGAUAAAUCAUGACUUUUGGCUUACAGGCAAGAUGGCGACAGGUUGCCAGGUAAAAUAUAUUAACAGUGUGUUUUUAACUAUUUAAAAUGCACAUGAAUCUCCAUUUCUCACUUUAUUGUAGCUCUUUCUCCUUAAAGUUAGCUCCUUCUAUCUUUUGUCCAACUUUUUUUUAAUGAAGUUAUAUCCCUCAGCCUGGUGGUUUCAUAUACCCUUCGCUGCUAAUGGCCUAAAGGUUUAUAAAGCUCCACAUGAUAAAUGACAGUUGCACAUUUGAAGGGAGAAGAUAAGGGAAAGCUUUUCAUCAUUCCAAUGUAACAAGGAAAACAAGGAGCUUUGAUCACUCCGUGAUUUCAGUAUCCUGAGCCAGAGCUGUCCCUGAUGCAAGCACUUUGGAGUCAGUGGAAUUACACCAGGGAUUAUUCUGGCUAACUCUCUGCUCUCUAUUCCAGUUUUUUUUUUAAAUGUGAAAACUCCAAGGCUUGCUGUGUUUAAGUGUAGCCAUUAAUUCCUGGAGGAGUUUAGCUUUUUUAACUAGGCUGAGCUACUACCCAUGGAGGUCAAUAGGAGCUUCUUCAUUGGAAUCAACAGGCUUUGGAUCAGGUCCUAAGACAUAUGAAGCACCGCUUUGUACACUUGGGCUGAAAUCUUCAGCAGCUUUUAUGGAUAUUAUACACACAGCUUGAGAGAGCUUGCUGGAAAGAAUUCCUUAGCCUUUUCAACGGUGAUUCAACAUGAUUAUUUUACACAUGGCCCCUUUAAUUCAUAAUUAAUACAAUUUUCUGAAAGCUAAAUACACACUUCAAACUGAACCAUCGCUAAAUUGUGUGUGCUUCUUAUGUUGCCUGUCUGCAAAAAGGCUUGUACUACAUAAGCAAGGGGACCAGGAUGCUUCAGUGAGCUCUCUACAUAGGUCACCCCAUAGGUCCAUACAGGUACAGGGGUCCUUUUGGAUGGAGCCUCUUGUAGGGCUAGUCCUUAGUCUUCUGAGUCACCAUCCAAGAGAACAAAAUUCAGUAAUUCACUUCCCACUGGAGGAAAACUCUUCACCAUGACAGUAGUAAAGUUCUGUAUGGCUAUAACCACAAAUGUCAUUUCCACAUGUUGAUUAUGGCAAACCCGUAUUUCCAUCACAGCAUCCUCUUGUUGGAACACAGGAAGAACUUUCCAUGCCCUUCCAUACUGAAAUUAUGUAGUUAAAUGAAGCAGAUAUAAUCAUUGUUAAAUCAGAGGCAUUAAUUAAGACUGAAUUAGCAAAGACUGGAAAAGUUGAGUAGACUCUUUUACCAAAUUGAACAGAAACUUCUAGAUUUGGUUAUAUUUUCCCACCAGUUUUCAUUUGGUGGGUCUCAGUACUUCAGUCCUUAUGAAGAUACAUGAUCCUGUUGAUCUCAGGAGCUGGUCCUCUCAUUAUUUCAAGACAUUUAAUUUAUUUAAUCAUAUUU